AUGUCCUGGAAAGUUCAAGAAACCAACAACAACGAAGCUAAUAAACUGAGCCUAUGGAAGUUUGAAAUCCCUUUCAAAAAAGAUAAUAAGUUGAAAAUACUUAACGAGAAAUUUCGUAAUGAUAUUGACAUUGAACAAGAACUUGGUGAAGAUGAGAGUCCAAUUGAAUUGAAUAGACGAUUUUUCAGGCUGGUUAUAGAUUUUUGGAAUGAUCCUAAAGCAAAAACAGUCUUAAAUUCAGAUGGUGUUACAAAACUAACUUCAUAUCAGGACCAUUAUCCGAGAUUCAACAAUAAAUUUCUACGUUUAUGUAAAUCUCCAGAUGGAAAAUUUGGAACAUCAACACAGGACAUAUAUAAUAAAGAAAUCAUGUUUGCAAAUGAUUGA